AUGCGGGCAAAUCCCGAGAUGAGUCGAGCCAAAUUGCUCAAGUUUAAGAAAAAGGCCACGAUGCAGCGCCAAGAAGUAAAAACUCUGAGAGGCAUGACUCCAUGGAAUAGAAGUUAUGACUAUAUUGUUCGCUUGUUGGCAAGAUCAUUAUUUACAAUUCUAGAGAGGAUCGUACAUGUCUUCGGAAAUUAUCCCCAGCAGCCAAUUGAGCAGCGUGAAGAUGAUUAUGAAUGUGUAUUACAUACUGUUCCCCUUCGACGGUCCUUUUCCUUCUCUACUCCUAUGCAUCUUUAUGUCCAUUCGCAGAAUAAUCAGGAUGAGUUGGAUUCAGAACAGCCUGGGAGGAGGCAUUUGUUCAACUCAUCCGGGUUAGUGGCUGACAAGAACAAAAGGAAGAAGAAACAGCAACAAGCUCUUCAUUUAGAAAUCAAGCAGUUGGGACGUACAGGCGGAUGCGUGUCAGCAGGAACUGAUUCUCCUAUUGUAGCAAAGUGUGGUUCUAUGAGAUCAAAUGAUUAUCGAGUGAAAUAUGUUGAGAAAACCAAAACUGCAGAUAAUUCUCGUAUUUUCAACAGGAUAAGUAUAUAUUCCAAACUAUCCAUCAAUAGUCGAUUGAGACCAGUACAGUUUACUCUCGGUGAUGCUGCUUUAGCUCUCCACUAUGCCAAAGUAAUCAUAUUGAUCGAGAAGAUUGCAUCAUCACCUGACAUGGUUGAUUCUGAAACCAGGGAUAAUAUGUACAUCAUGUUGCCGACAACGAUCAAAACUGCUCUGAGGGCUAAGCUCAGGAGGGGCGGCAAAAGAAAGGCUUCCUCGGGCUGUGACCUCGCAGAAGGAUGGAAAGUGGUGGUAACGCAGACUUUAGGAUGGUUGGCUCCACUAGCUCAUAGCAUGGUAAGGUGGCAUUCUGAGAGGAAUUUUGAGAAGGAGCAUGCAACUCCCAAGGCAACUAUCCUGCUGGUCCAGACUCUGUACUUUGCAAACCAAGCGAAAGCUGAAGGUGCCAUUGUAGAACUUCUUGUUGGUCUAAACUAUAUUUUCAGGAUUCAUAAGCAAUCGGCCGGGCUCAAGAGACUCGCCUGACUUCAACGCCAUUAGGUUGAGAAGUAAAUCUACCAUUAAGGAUUACAGUGUCUGACAUCACGGCAAUCAUACCUUGUUUGGAUAUAUAUGUUGGGAGUGAUUGCGUAUAGCUCCUCUCCAUACGAGAGAGUGCAUGAUGGUACCCAAUAGCACUCUUUC